AUGCCUUUAUUGGCCUUGAAAAGGUGUCGUUCUUAUAUUUCCAAAAAGUAUUUCUAUACGUUUGGAGUCAAAAGUGCAUCUCAUCCAUUCUAUACAUUAUUCAUCUCCUUGAUCUCUAUUUGUUUCCUGUCAUAUCCCAUCCUAUCAUCUUGUUUUACUUCCCAUCAUGCAUCACCUGCACCGUAUAUAGACGCUCAUUUAUGGCAGCACUCAGCACAUGUACAGGCUGCCCCAGCAGUGCCGCAUCAGCCAUCCUUCGUUGCUCGGCAGAUUCGCAUUACUGAUGCUACCAACGAUACCCUAUCCAAAGAGCUGCUUGGUACAUCACUCUCUAUCUAUCAAGCACUGACUGUAUCCAACAAGCUAAGAGAGAUAUGUGCCACAACGCAGCAUCGUCAGUGCAUCAUCCACUCACCUCUGGCAGUGUGGAAUUAUAACCAACGUGCCAUUGAGCAAGAUACAGACAUUGCCCAGACAUUAAAUCGGCAUCUACAUGAUCUGUCAAAGCCCACAGGCCUAUCGCUACACCCGUAUGCCACCAUGGGCCGUGUUGUCUUGGACGAUAAGGAACACUUUGUAUCGGCUAACUCUAUCAUCUUGACAUUUAUACUCAAGGACACAACAAGCACACAGCAUAUCUGGAAUGACAUGGUGCAGCACACAAUGCAGCAAUUUCCUGCAGUGUACACGCACCCUCUCCAUGUGGAACCCUGUCUAUUGCAAUACAAGUUGAAACUGCCAUUGUCUCUGACAAGCGUGUCGCCCAUCCAGCUAGCAACGACACUGCUAUUCAGUAUGGGGUUGUUUGUCAUUGUGAGGACCCAAUUCUCCAGGUCAACUCUUUUGAAAUCAGCAUCUGGAUUAGGCAUUGCUGCAUUAUUUUUGGCGGUGGCAGGUUACACUACAACCGUGGGCAUAUUCCACUAUUUUUUUCGCACAACCAUUCAUGUCGUACCGUGGUUUCUACAGUUGCUGGUGUGUUGUACCGCUACUCUGGAACAUGCUCUGUGUUUGACAGGUGCUGUCAUAUCCAAGGAAAAAGGUAUUGGCAUCAGGGAGAGAUUAGGCAAAGGGCUGCAGCAGGUAGGCGUCAUCAUGACAACCACUCUUUUGGGCGAACUGUUUGUGCUGGCUACUGGAAGCACCUUGAACGUACCCAAUGUCAAGGCGUUUUGUUUAUUCACAUCUGUCGCUCUGGUUGUGGCAUACAUUUUAAACUUGACAUUGUUUGUGUCGGUGCUCUCGAUUGAUAUCAAACGAGCAGAGUUGGCAGAUCUUGGAGAGGAGGAAUUUGAAAAGAGGGACCAUCAUGCAACAUCACCUACACGUUUCCAUGGCAACAGUGGUAAAUUCAAGACGAGAAGAGCUCUCAAUGCGUUUUUCCUUUGUAUUGUUAUACUCUUGCUCAAUUUUUUGUCUCCUAAUGAACACCAAACACCAAAACAAUCUCUGUCAUCUCCAUCCACAACAUCCAGCAUGAAGCAAUGGAGCCGCAUCUCCACACAGUUUUGGGAAGCAUUGAAUCCAACCUAUGCGGUUGAGACACUCAAAGUACAUGCUCCCUGCGUGAUGAUCGUCUCUUCCACUACAGCCGAUGAGAGUCAGAAGCAGCAAACAAUCAAUCAGCUUACAACUUACUAUAGCAACAAUUUCAAGGCACUACGUCAGUUGAUGAAGCAGCGCAGCCAGCAGCAUUCCAUCUUGGACUCAUUCCACCCCUAUCUAUUGCUAGCCUGCAGCGUGAAUAUACCAAGCAUCAUACUCCUUUUUAUGCUGGUAUGCAUUAUCAUGUGGAUGACACCUUGGAUACGAGAGCAGUUCAUGCUCCCGUUUCUUCGCAAGGCAUUUGUUCGCAUCGUUACCUUGAUAUUGCGUAUUUUGUCCUCCAUGACACCCAUCAAAACAGACGUGUGGAUCAAAAAGGUGGAGAACGAGUACAACGAAGAUGGCAUGCACAUGGGAGCCAUCUCUAUGCAAUCCAGGUUUAAUAUGCUUCAGAACAAAAAUAAGGUGCGCAACGUGUCUAUCAAAACAUUGACGGGCAUGCAUGUCGCUGAUAUUCGAGAUCUGCAUGCGAGUGGCAAUUUGAUCGCCUCGAUUGGACAGCAGCAUGGCAAGAUUGUGCUUUGGAACAAAUCCAAGGGAGAAUGGAUUGCUAGGCUAGACAAACUCAAGAAGCUGGGUGGUGGUUUAAAUGGCUGGGUGGCAGCUGAAAGGAACAUACUGCACUAUCGACACUUGAUGUCUCGGCAAGCCAACAAGAAGCAGGACAUCAAAUACUUACCGCGUGCUCGCUGUAUUCAGAUAGACCAAGACCAGCGAUACAUAGCAGCUGGUUUUGAGUACGGCAUGAUUUGUGUGUGGAAUGCCGACACAGUACACUUGGUUCGCGAGCUCACCGUCGCUCAGCACCAACUAGACGAUCGUGUGAUUCGCCUUCUAUUCAUAGAGAUGGAUCACAAAGACGCUGUACCAUUGCAGCAGGAGAAAUGCAUCUUGUCAGUGCACAGAAAUGGCAAACUACGAGAGUGGAACAUCAACACGGGUGAAAUGACUCAAUGCGUUGAAUCUGGCCAUACACGAGAAAUCACACAGACUCUCAUCAUACCAAAUAACCAACACAUCGAUACCGAUACCUAUUAUAUCAUCACAGCAUCCAAAGAUGGCACCACCCAAUGUUGGUCAAGAACGCCUGGCCAAUGGGCCCAUCUCUACACUUUGACAUAUCAUAACAUGAUUACGUCUAUUGCAGCUCAACAACUCCAUAAUGGAAUGGGUAUUCUAGUGACGGGAUCAAACGACGGUGCUGUGCAGGUAUGGGACCUGGACUCAGGCACUGCCAUCUGCACGCUAUCCAAAGGGGGCGCAAUCAACAAGAAAAUGAGCACUGCGGCCACAGCAGAAGUAGGUGGCCCCUUGUUGCAGUUCAGUACAGUAGCGCGAUCUACUACAUUGGAUGAUGGCACAUACACAGCAGCAAAUGUCUCUCAACAGCAGCAGCAGCAGCAGCAUUUGGUCAAAUCAGAUCACAGCGAUGCUGUAAGUCAAGUGGUGGUAACGCGCAUCAGCAAUCCCGAGUUUGAACAAGACAUGUGUCCUGGAUGUCAUACCGUGAUCAACAGUGGCUUUUUUGUGGCCUCUUGCGCUUUGGAUGAAUCUGUGCAUGCUUGGCGUCUAAAUCGCACGGCUCUAAGCAAGCAGGAAGUGGGAUGCAGUCAAUGCGCCAAAGACUAUCAUCGUCGUCAACAACCGUUAUAUAGUGCCAGGACAGCAAGACCUCCUACUGUAGGGCCAGUCAGUGUGAGACUGAAGCAAAGAAAAUUGCAUGCCAUUUCAAAUGGUGCUAUGGGAAGAAUGUAUACGUCUGGCGAGGAAUCGGAAAGCAUGUGUCAGCAGCAGCAGCAGCAGCAGCAGCAGCAGUAUGAAAUGACACUAAAUGCCUUGUUUCUGGGUAAACUGAGUCAAGAGGCUGGCCGUAGCCUGGUUUUCUGUGAUAACAUGGUGUUGGCUGGUUGUCGUCGUCGCCGUCUGACACAUGGUGUGGAUUUUGAUGACAGUGUUGGAGAUUGGGAAGUCUGGUUCUCGUCAUUGCAGUAUUAUGAGCCGCCUUUAGUAGAAGAAGAUGCAGCCUUAAUCCCUGUCAUCACCUACAGUCUGGAAAAGGACGAUGGUGCGUUCAAUCAGCAAGACGACAUUGCAUCAAUUCAACAGGGAAAAGACGAAGGACUCAACCUAAAAGAGCAGCUUUUGCUCAACGUCUUUGGCAUCAAAAAAGUGCGUAAUAGCAGCAGCAAUACCGUGAGUAGGCCGAAUGCAAUGUCUCGCAAGAACGUCAAAUCAGAACUUGGUUCGGCCGUAAACGCGGUACACUUUGAAGACAUUGAUGACACGAGUUCUAGUACGGUUACAGCAGAAGAUGGAGACGAUGCAGAACAAGAUGACGAUGAUGAAGAGGAAGCCUACAAUGCAUUGCCGUUUGCAACCAUCCGGUGUAUAGUACCGAUCAAUGGUCAUGGUCUCAGUUGCGAUUAUGGCAAUUUUAUUAAGGUGGUGACAUUCAGCAAACAGGAUGGAGAAGAAGAAAAAGAAAAGUAA